CCUGGGUAGGCAGCGCAGGCGCAGUCGCCUCGUCUGACGUCACUGUAAUGGCGGCCGUGUGGUCGACGUUUUGAAAACAAGCAAGGUUCUCUCCAAAAUUGGGCUCAUUUGACACUUUCCCUCAACUCUUCUCGAACUUUUUCUGACCCGUACGGUUCCAGAGUAGUCUAGGAAAAUGCAGAUCACGUUCAAAACGCUACAGCAGCAGACGUUCAAGAUCGAGAUCGAGGAGAAUGCGACGGUUAAGCAGCUGAAGGAGAAGGUGGAGGGGGAGAAAGGAAAGGAGUCGUUCCCUGCUGCAGGACUCAAGUUGAUCUAUGCGGGGAAGAUCCUGCAGGAUGACCUCCCGCUGUCGCAGUACAAGAUCGACGAGAAGAACUUUGUCGUCGUCAUGGUGACAAAGCCCAAGCCUGCAGCCAAAGAGGAACCCCCAAAGGCAGAGGCAGCACCUGCGGCCGCACCUGCAGCCACACCCGCACCUGCAGCUGCUGCCACGCCCACAGAGGAGAAACCCAAGGAGGAGGAAAAGAAAGAAGAGAAGAAAGAAGAAGAGAAACAGGAGACUACACCUGCACAGCCCAGUGAAACUGCAGCACCAACAACAGCACCUGCUUCUGGGCCCUCCAGCUCAUCUCUGGCACAGGCAGAGUCAACAUUAGCUGACAUGGCGCAGUAUGCCCCCUUCCAAAUGACUGGCACAGCCUAUGAAACAAUGGUACAGAACAUGAUGUCAAUGGGCUUCGAAAGAGACCAGGUUGUUGCUGCUCUGAGAGCAAGCUUUAACAACCCUGACAGAGCUGUGGAGUACCUUCUUACGGGUCUCCCCCCAUCGAUGGAGGUACCUGCCGCAGCUGCACCCCCCGCCCCAGCUGCAGCACCUGCAGCAGCUACUCAAGGCUCGGCUGCAGCUACACAGGGUUCAGCUGCACCUGCCCAGGGUUCUGCCACCGGCACUCCCCCUGCACCUGCCGGCACGGGCACGGCUGGAACACCGGGAUCACAGCCUCCACAGAACCCCCUGGAGUUCCUGAGGGAACAGCCCCAGUUCCAGCACAUGCGGCAGCUGAUCCGGUCUAACCCACACCUACUGUCAGCACUCCUGCAGAACCUGGGACAGUCCAACCCACAGCUUCUACAGCAUAUCAAUGACCACCAGCAAGACUUCAUUGAGAUGUUGAACGAGCCUGUAGAAGGGGAGGGGGGUGCGGCAGGGUCGGGGGCCGUCAUGGGGCAGCUGCCAACAGGACAGAACGUCAUUCAAGUCACACCUCAAGAGAAGGAAGCAAUCGAAAGGCUUAAGGCCCUUGGCUUCGAGGAAGGCUUAGUCAUCCAGGCGUACUUUGCAUGCGAUAAGAACGAAAACCUGGCUGCAAAUUUCCUCCUUUCACAAGGUGACGACGACCAACAAUAGCCAGUCGUCCCCGCCGUUAGGAUAACCAAUACUAUUUUCGCUUUUUCUAAGUACCUAUGAUCAGAUACAAGGAAACAGAGAACCAUCUUGGACGUUUUAUAAUCUUGGCAAGUUAAACUCUCGUGAAGCUACAGAAAAGUCGCAAGGCCACAAGAUGUCAUGCAUUCUGCCACAACUGUAAGAUUUCAUUGCUCUGCAAUGUAUAUAGUGUAUAAGACAUGCUUGAUGACGCUUCAGUUCUCAACAUUGUACGAAACCAUGCUUUCGAGAUGUCUUCUUGGCUGCUUCAGAAAGGGGGUACGAAAAAUCUAGAAAGAAAAAAAACUCCAUGGUGUCUGUUGCCAUAUAAAAGUUCUGAUUAUGUAAAUAUGUACACGUUGGUCACUGUUCACAUGGUUCCUAGCUAUAGGACAAAACUUGUACUGAUGUUGGAUCUGUCAGUGCCUCAUGAUGUCUGUUUAGAGUCGUCGCCUGCAAUCGUCAAGAGUUCUUCCUCCUGGUUAGGGCACUAGCCGUAACGAUAGUUGUAUAACACCAGCGCAUUGGUUUAAGAAUGCUGCAACGUAGAGAAAGCCUUAAACUGGCACAAAAAAAUAAGCUCAUUUCGGGGGAGGGUGGGAGCAGUGUGAUCAGUGAAAUUUGCCAAAAAUGCUACUUUAAUUGGGGCACCCGCUCUUAAAAUAUGUAACAUUCAUGUGAAGGGUUUUCACUUUUAGAAAAAGCAAGAAUGUAAGAGAAAUGGACACUGGAAAAGGUUUUGAGGGGGCAUGGUUGUGCAUGCAGAAGAAAUAAAUCUCAAAAAAUGACACAGAAAUUUGGGUUCCAUGUAUUUAUGCCUAUUAGGGUAGCACCAUUUAAGACCAGUUGUUCAGUAGCCUGUUUAAAGAACUGUUUUGUUGUUCUUAAAUAAAAUAAAUGGCAAUGACAACUUCUUCUGAAGUUCGAAGUACUCCUAGAUCCUCAAGGCACUUGCUUUUGUUCCUUCUUGUUGACGAUUUGGAAACUUUUUUUUAAAAAUGAUGAUAAGGCCACACCAAUUUAAUUUGUUUGUUCACGGAUUCGCCCACUUCAUUUUU